AUGCUGUUUCCAGAGAGAUCUAACAUCAUACAGAAAGAAAAUUGUGGCAUAUGGACCAUAAAGGAGCCUGAAAAACGUUCCUGGAGAAUACGAUCAACUGGUCAGCUUAUACCUUCAGUCAAGGCGAGUUCCAUGUCUGCUGUUCGGGAACAGGGAGUAGGAAUUAGAUGUCCAAUCGCUGAGAUAAAGGCACACAUAUAUCACUUCCUUCAUUCUGUAUACACGAAAGUGUCCGUGGACUUCCUUUCCCUCACCGAAAUGAAGUUCCUUGUACCUCUUUCUCUUCUCAGUGUGACAUUAGCAUUGAGGGAUCAGUCAAUAGCUGUGAAAGGAAAACUUCUGUGUGGAGCAAAGCCGGCCAGUAACGUUCGGGUGAAGCUUUGGGAGGAAGAUGGAGGACCUGAUCCAGACGAUGAACUUGCUGCUGGCUAUACUGAUGGUAGUGGUGCGUUCUCACUAUCCGGUGGAACUGCCGAGCUGACACCAAUUGAUCCUGUCUUCAAGGUUUACCACGAUUGUGAUGAUGGAGUAAAGCCGGGUUCCAGAAAAGUGAAGUUCUACCUUCCGAAAAGCUAUAUUACCGAGGGCAAGGUGCCAAAGAAAACGUUUGAUAUCGGAGUCUUGAACUUGGAAACUAUUUUCCCUGGAGAGGAGCGUGAAAUGAUCGUUUCACGUAUGCGACGUGAUAAUUCAUUCUUUUAUGACUACGACUAA